AGUCUGAGGAGAAAAACCUGAUGCCUGCGAAACUCCCAAUGUUAUCUAGAGGCAGGAAAGUUCCAAGUCGGUCUCCGAGUUUACUUCCCGAUGUGUCGUUUGAACAGCUUUUAAUGUUCGAACGGUUUUUAAUGUUCGGAAAGUACCGGACUGUUAUUUCGGUACCGAAGGGGGCUUAAAUCGGCCUUCUUAGGGAGGUUGUCAGAACUGUACAAUGCACAUGUUGGCGUCAAACGGAUCCGUAAUGGACCCGCAGUCGGAGUUGGUGAAAAUUAAAGCGCACUACUGCGGGGACAUGUUAAUCACGGACCUGACCACCACGUUAACCUUCGUGGAGCUCUGUGACGAGGUGAGAACCAUGUGCAGUUUCACCAAACAUCAGCCCAUCACGCUCAAGUGGAUUGAUGACGAAGGAGACCCUUGUACCAUCUCAUCUCAAAUGGAGCUGGAGGAAGCGUUUCGUCUUUACAAUCGAACAAAAAGGUCGGGACUGCUGCUACAUGUCUUCCCAAGUAUUCCGGAGCAGCCUGGAAUGUUGUGCCUUGGCGAGGACAAGUCCAUCUAUCGACGCGGAGCCAGAAGAUGGAAGAAAUUCUACCAAGUCAACGGACACCUUUUCCAGGCCAAGCGCUUUAACACGAAAGCCUACUGUGGCCACUGCAGUGAAAGGAUAUGGGGGCUUGGCGGGCAGGGCUACAAGUGUAUCAACUGCAAACUGCUGGUCCAUAAGCGCUGUCACAGACUCCUCCCACAGACCUGCCAAAGGCUUAUGGAUCCAGCCAUGCCAGCACAGGAGCCCCCUUCAGAUGCCAAGAGUGAAGAGGCGGACCUUCCUCAAGAUGACACACAAAACCGGGAUGGAAGACCAUACAUACCACACAACUGCACCGUGGACAAGAUUGAAGAGACGGACGACGGAGAGGACAUGAAGGCGGUGGUGGACGGCAUCGAUGGCAUCAAGCUGUCCCAGGGUCUCCUUCUGGGCCUGGCGGACUUCGACCUGAUCCGGGUGAUCGGGCGUGGCAGUUACGCCAAAGUGCUGCUGGUGCGCCUGAAGAAGAACGAGCAGGUGUACGCCAUGAAGGUGGUGAAGAAGGAGCUGGUCCAUGACGACGAGGAUAUCGACUGGGUGCAGACGGAGAAGCACGUCUUUGAGCAAGCCUCCACAAAUCCAUUUUUAGUGGGCCUCCACUCCUGUUUCCAGACAGAAAGUCGGCUCUUUCUUGUGAUUGAAUAUGUGAAUGGCGGCGACCUCAUGUUUCAUAUGCAGCGCCAAAGAAAACUCCCUGAAGAACAUGCCAGAUUUUAUGCUGCUGAAAUCUGUCUGGCUCUCAACUUCCUGCACGAGAAGGGCAUCAUCUACCGAGACCUGAAGCUGGACAAUGUCCUCCUGGACCAGCAGGGACACAUCAAGCUCACAGACUAUGGCAUGUGUAAGGAGGGGAUCAGACCAGGGGACACCACCAGUACCUUCUGCGGAACGCCCAACUACAUUGCCCCAGAAAUCCUCAGAGGAGAAGACUACGGUUUCAGCGUGGACUGGUGGGCGCUCGGCGUGCUCAUGUUCGAGAUGAUGGCCGGCAGGUCGCCCUUUGACAUCAUCACCGACAAUCCUGACAUGAACACCGAGGAGUACCUCUUUCAAGUUAUUCUGGAGAAGCCCAUUCGCAUCCCAAGGUCUCUGUCGGUGAAAGCUGCCAGCGUGCUCAAGGGCUUUUUGAACAAGGAUCCCAAAGAGCGGCUGGGUUGCCAGGUCCAGACAGGCUUCACGGAUAUCAAGUCGCACACGUUUUUCCGCAGUAUAGAUUGGGAGCAGCUGGAGAAAAAAGAGAUGACUCCGCCCUUCAAACCUCAGAUCUCCGAUGAAUACGGCCUUGAAAACUUUGACACACAAUUUACCAACGAGCCAGUACAACUAACACCUGACGACGAGAGCGUCAUCAAGAGAAUAGACCAGUCGGAGUUCGAGGGCUUCGAGUACAUCAACCCCCUGUUGCUGUCCACCGAAGAGUCGGUAUGAGGAAGAACUCCAGUCCUUCUUUGGCUCGUCCCCCGGUUUGUCCAAGUUCGCCAAAAGCCUCGUUGAGGCGGCGCUGGAGAAGAAGAAGAUGAACUCUGCACUUUCGAGCAAGACAAGUUCCUCCUGCACUACUUGGAUACCAACGUCUUCUCUUCUUGGUAUCGAAAAGUAACAAACAUUCCACUGGAAGAACAUUUUUUACGUGGAUCUCUCGCUGUUUUUGAUCCUAGUUUCCCAUCCACAGAAGGUCCGCCUCCAUCGCUUUUGCCCGUUUCUUGUUGCUUUUUAAGAGCGAGGAGAAUGUAAGAUGAAGUUCUUGCGCCGUCAUGUCCGUAGUCCAUCCAAAUUUUAUCGCCUUUUUUCAACGACAAAAUGUGACGAGGUUUGGUUUUUUUUGGAUGGGAUUUAAAAAAAGUGCCUCGCAGAUCUGAUGAAUGAUGGUUUGUGAUUGCAAGCACAGGAGCGACAUGAGAAAUGUCUUUCAACAAGAGAUGAUUGUCACUCAAAUAUUCACCUCCUUGUAGGAAAUAUUCAUUUCUCUGGACAAGAUUGUUGUUUUUACUUCUUGGA